AUGUCUUUAUCUAAUAUUUGCGGCGUGCUUUCUACAGUAUCUGAAAAUUGAACUGAUUCGCACAGAAAUAACUGAAAAUUAUUAUUAAUUGGGCCAGUUAAAACUAAAUUUAAGUUGACGCCAUGAGUAGUCAAAAAGGAAAUGCAGCACGUAUUCGACCGCAAAAACAUCAAAAUCGAUUUGCGUUUAAAAAUAAUCUCCAUGAUACAAACAUACGUACCAAACGUUUGAAUUCAAUACAAAUUCAUAGCGUUUGCCCUCGGUGUAAGGACAUAUUAGAAUGGAAAAUUAAGUACAAAAAAUAUAAGAUGCUAAAAGCACCCAAGAACUGCAACAAAUGUCAUAAUAAGACUGUCAAAGAAGCAUACCAUACGAUGUGCCAUCAGUGCUCAAGCUCCUUGGAAUUAUGUCCCAAGUGUGCAGUUCCGAGGAUCGAAUGGGCUAAAGAUGAUCAGAAAACAACUUCUGAAAAUGGAGGUGAUAACAAAAAUGAUUUAGAAAACAGUGAUGAUGAAAAUGACGAUUCAGGAAGUGAUACUUGCAGUAAUCCUAGUUGACCUGUAUAUAUUCUAUAUUGUUAUAUCUAACUCAUUUCCAUAUUGUUUCAUUAUUUCUAUUGGUCGGAUUAAAACUUACUUUACAAUAAGGUA